AUGCAGUACGGCAUAAUUGACAAGCUCGCUCAGCCACCACAGCAACCGCCGCAGCAAGAACUGCACCCGCCACAGCAAGGCCCGCAUCCGCCGCAGCAAGGCCCGCACCCGCCGCAACACCCGCCGCAACACCCGCCGCAGCAUCCACCGCCGCAGCAAGAACCGCAUCCGCCGCAGCAAGAUCCGCAUCCGCCGCAGCAAGGCCCGCACCCACCGCAGCAUCCACCGCAGCAUCCACCGCAGCAAGGCCCGCAGCCACCACAGCAACCACCACAGCCGCCGCAACAACCUCCACAGCAAGACAUCCUGCUAAAUUUCUUCGCGAAAACUGAUAGAGAGAUAUGUAGCCACGUUUGGCAUCUCUCGAGGUCAUCAUCUGCAGCGUCGCCGUGGCUCUUCAUACCCAUAGUCAUAUUAUUUAUUGCAUUAUGUGGUACAAAUGAAGGCCUUCAACCUGCUCAUGGAUGA